AUGGCUUUGCAAAACGUCGCCUCAACCGAGCAGCAUUCGGAUGUCCUCAAUGAGGCAAUUCAAUCACCAACACCGCCAUCAUACGAAGAAGAAAUGUAUUUGCCAAAUUACGAGGAAGCUCUAAGUGACCAAGUUCCCGGAUUUCCAGCCUCGAGUCUCAUACUCGAGCGAGACAUCAAGUUCAUGUGUUCGUACGCAGAUGCUCUAGUUGAGCAAAGAAUCCAAUUAGGACAAGACGUCUUGGCUUUGGAUAUAGGAAUAGAGCAGACAUUGAUUCACGCAUGUGCUAUCUACCCAGUCACGCUUGAAUUGUUCCAAGGCUACAUCCACCAACAUAGGGUUUACUUAAUUUUGGCAGGCUACCAAUGGGCGAGGGUAUUGCGAGGGAAUGAAGAUAUUGAGUGGGGUGUUGAGAGGGAAGAGGUGACAGAUGACGAGAUAGCUUUCGACGCGGAUGACGAGACGGAUGACGAGACCGAUUACGAGACAGAUAAUGACAAAGAACCAUCGCAAAUGAUGGGAAGCAGGAUUGAAGGUUAA